AUCUCUCCACUCUGCGCAGUGACCUGUCCGGAGCAGGAGAGAGCUGGCAAAGCUGUAUGAGUGUCAGUCAGCGUGUUCAGGUGUGUAUACUUGGAGUCAUGAAUGGGAUACUGCCUCUGGAGACACUCACCUCUAUCAUGUUGGUGAAUGUAUCGUCUGAAGUCACCGUCUUCCUCCUCCUGCUGCUCCUGUUGCUGCUUUUCACUACGUGGAGCCGAACACAUUGCUCACAGAUACCAGGUCCCUCCUUCUUGGUAGGACUCGGUCCUCUUCUGACCUACAGCAGGUUUAUCUGGACCGGGAUAGGAACAGCCAGCAACUACUACAACAACAAAUACGGCAGCAUUGUGCGGGUCUGGAUUAAUGGCGAGAGGACCCUCAUCCUGAGCAGAUAAGUCUCUGAAAAUAAAGCUUUGUAAACUCAGAUUUUAUCCUUUGACAGUGUAAUGAGUGAAAUGCUCUACUCUCACAGGUCUUCAGCUGUGUAUCAUGUUCUGAGGAGCACGCACUACACAGCCAGAUUCGGGAGCAGAACAGGGCUGGAGUGUAUCGGGAUGGAGGGGAAGGGGAUCAUUUUCAACAGUGACGUCCAGCUCUGGAGGAAAGUGAGGACUUAUUUCUCCAAAGCUCUGACAGGCCCUGGCCUCCAGAGGACAGUGGGAAUCUGUGUGAGCUCCACAGCCAAACAUCUGGACCGCCUACAAGAGAUGACCGACCUUUCUGGACAUGUGGACGCUCUGAAUCUGCUGAGAGCCAUCGUGGUGGACAUCUCCAACAGGCUUUUCCUCAGGGUGCCGAUUAAUGAAAAAGACCUGCUGAUGAAAAUCCAAAGCUACUUUGAAACAUGGCAGACAGUUCUAAUAAAGCCUGAUAUAUUCUUUAAGAUUGGGUGGCUCUACAACAAGCACAAGAAAGCAGCCCAAGAUCUGCAGGACGUGAUGGAGAGCCUGCUAGAGACGAAGAGGCAGAUAAUAAAGGAGUCAGAGAAGCUAGACGAUGAUCUUGACUUUGCAACAGAGCUCAUCUUUGCUCAGAGCCAUGGAGAGCUCUCAGCUGAUAACGUCAGACAGUGCGUGCUGGAGAUGGUGAUCGCAGCUCCUGACACACUCUCCAUCAGCCUCUUCUUCAUGCUGCUGCUGCUGAAACAGAACCCAGAUGUGGAGAUGAGGAUAGUAGAGGAGAUGAACACAGUCUUAAGAGAAAAAGGUGAUGGAAACUUGGAUUACCAAAGCUUGAAAGUGCUGGAGAGUUUCAUAAAUGAGUCUCUGCGGUUUCAUCCUGUGGUUGAUUUCACCAUGCGCAAAGCUCUGGAAGAUGACAACAUUGAAGGUGUUCAAAUUGCAAAAGGAACCAACAUCAUUCUGAACAUUGGACUCAUGCAUAAAACUGAUUUCUUCCCAAAACCCAAAGAGUUCAGUUUGACAAACUUCGACAAAACAGUCCCCAGUCGUUUCUUCCAGCCCUUCGGAUGCGGGCCUCGCUCCUGCGUGGGCAAACACAUCGCCAUGGUGAUGAUGAAGGCCAUCCUGGUGGCUCUGUUAUCCCGUUACACCGUGUGUCCUCGCCAAGGCUGCACCCUCAACAGCAUCCGGCAGACCAACAAUCUGUCGCAGCAACCUGUGGAGGACGAGCACAGCCUGGCCAUGCGCUUUAUCCCCCGAGAAACACAACCUCCACACAGCCAGCUGUGACGCAGACACACUUACACAUUCUGUCAGGAAACGUAGAGCUUUAAAUGUUUGGGGGGAUGUAAUAGUACAAGGGCAGGGUUGUUCAGAUAUUCAAAAACUCCAUAACCUGCUGUACACUGUCAUUUUUGUUCUGCUCUCAGUAGUUUUUCCAAGCAUGUAAACACUCAAUUUGUGAAACCACGGCAGAUGUUUGCCUGCUACGACACUGACCUUAGGUCAACACAUUUAAAGGUAUGAGUUGAUUCAGAGCUUUGCUACCUUAAUUUCCUGGCCUGUAAAAUGCAGCGUAAGGAUAAAAAGAGUGGGCAUAGAUGGAGACUUUGUGUACUGCCCAAAGAAGCCAGUAAAAAUGUAUCCUGUGGUGCAAACUAGUUUUUAUUUUGGACUUACACUGACUUUAACAGCUACAGCUAGUCCAGUUGGUAAUGCAGUAAAAUUAUAUGAAGUUAGCAAAUGAGCCUGUUGGAUAUAGGGUAUAACUUGUUUCCUUUAGCGUUAAAGGCAUUACCGUAUUAAACAUUACUUACAUAUGGUAGGCUACAGUGAGUGUUUUUUUGUGUUAUAAUUCCUGCACAUUGUAGU